UCAUAAUAAAUUGACAGACAGUUGUAUUCAUACUUCGAUGUACCUACAUCAAACACACGAACUGGAAGUUGUUAUAAUUCUGAUGUCCGCUUCAUCUACAGUCACACCUAUUCAUGCAAGUUAUCUCAAAAGCAUUCCUGCUACAUCGCUAGCAGUCCAAUAUACUCCAAAUUUCACACAUACACACGCAGAUAAACAAUAUACACACUUAAACAGAUAAAAAAGUAAAGACACUCGUUCGCAAACACACCCAAACACACAAUUAUACACGUACUCUUAGAAAAUAAACUGAAUAUCACAAGGACCUCAUCGUCAUUCCCCCUACUCAAAUGAGUUUUAUUUUCUUCUUUUUUGUCUGUACUAAUGUGCAAAUAUAAUAUUAAUGUGGUACAGGCAGACACACUUUUACUCACACACUUUCACGAAUUCUUUCUGUAGCUAUAAAAAUUUAUAUCGACAGGACUCCAAGAGAAUUUAGCUGGUAAACAUGUUCCUGUGAGAGGCAAAAAUUAGUUGUUUUUUGCAAAGUAAAGCAACAGAGGUGCAAUUUGAAUCAAUUAAGAAUAAUUUUUGGCUCACUACACAAAAUUCAUUAACCCACAUUUAGCUAUAUUUUCUUCAUGCAGAGGACACCCCUGGCAAAAGAAAGCGUUCCAAAAUGUAUGGUCUUCUGUUCUUAAGUAUUGAAUCCAUUGUUGUAAAAGAAUAUGGAAGAAAAAUAUGGAAAAAGGUGCUUAAUUAUGUUGGAUUAGACAGCGAAAGUGAAUUUUCCACUCAUACAAUGUAUGAAAAUGAACUGAUGCUUAAUCUAGCAAAAGCUUGCAGCCAUAUUUUGAAAGAUAAAUUGCCUGAAGACUACAUGUGUUACUUUGGAAAAUGCUUCCUCAAGUUCUGUUCAACUUACAAAUACGACCAAAUACUGACUCUAUCUGGAAGAUACUUCCGUGAUUUUCUACAUGAGAUUAACAACCUGCAUGAAACCAUACGCUUCAGCUAUCCAAAAAUGAUCAGUCCGACAUUCAUCGUUGAGAAGGAAGACGUAAAUGGUUGUAUAUUGAGCUACACAUCAAGUAGGAAAGGUUUCAUUCACUACGUUAUGGGACAGCUGCAAGAAUGUGCACAUAUCUUCAAAGUUGAUCUCACAAUUGAAGUUCUAAGUGUUAAAGAUGCCUUGAGUAAUGGUUGCCGAGUAGAGUUUAAGUUAAUAUUUGAUAAUUGGCCUUUUACAAUGCAAAAACAACCUAUCAAUGAUAAUUUGUUUCCAGAAAUUUCAUCUGAUUUCUUUUUUGAGGUAUUUCCCAUGUCACUGGUAAUAGGUAAAGAUCUGACUAUUCGGCAAGUUGGCAAUAACUUGAAAUUUCUGUUUGGUAAAGAAGAUUUAACGAAAAGAAUCCUCUCAGAUGUAUUUAUUCUACGUCGGCCACUUUUUGCUAGUUUUACCUAUGAAAAGAUUAUUGCAUACCAGCAUGUUAUAUUCGAGCUUGAAUGCAGUAUAAGUUCUCAUGAUUCGGAAGAUGGUAAACGAGUUCAGAUGCUUCUACGUGGAGAAAUGAAAGAACUUCCAGGAACCAAGUUAAUUGUUUUCUUAUGUGUACCAUUAAUUGAAAACUUGGAAGACUUGCAAACAAAAGGCCUCUACUUGAAUGACUUGAGCAUGAUUGAUAACAGUCGUGAUAUGAUAAUGGUUGGUCACCAGCAUGCAUCCAACAUGGAGUUGACUCUUGAUCAGACCAUUCAAAACAUAAAGAAAACAAGCAUUGUGAAGAAAAAGGCCAAAGAGUACCAACAAGCCAGUAAGGAUUUACUGUAUUCUGUUCUUCCAAAGAAUAUUUGCAUGAAACUUGAAGCAGGAUGUCCAAUAGAGCAAACAUGGCAGACAAUAGAAAAUGUGACAUUGAUGUUUUGCUCCAUUACACAAUACAGCAGGUUUGUGGAUAUCAAUAAAGCUAAAAAUGUAAAAGACUUUGUGAAAAAUAUAUGCAGAAUCUUUGAAUGGAUUGAUGAGAUCAUCAGUAGAUUUAAUGUUUUCAAGGUGGAAACUAAAGAGAAUGAUGGAUUGUGUCUGAUAGCAGGAGGCCUUGAUGGUAAUUUUGAUAAUACAAGUGAUGUGGCUAGAUGUGCCCUUGCUCUUGUGAAUAGCAAUGAUACCAGCACUGACAAAGGAUUUGAUGAGACCCUCACUUUUGAAAUUGGCAUGGACUUUGGAAGUGUUGUUGCCGGAGUUGUAGGUUUAAAGAAUUACCAAUAUUGUUUAUUUGGGGAUGUUGUAAAUACUGCUUCAAGAAUGGACCACAAUAGCCUCCAAGGGAGAAUUCAAGUUACUCAACAGUGUAAACAAAGACUCGAUCGAAAUGAAUUUGUUACGUGUCCGAGAGGAACAAUACGAGUAAAGGGCAAAGGUUUGAUGCCUACGUACUGGCUGGUCGGUGAAAAGGAAGAUCCCACCACUAAAGAGAAACUAAGAAUGUACUGGGAAGAGUUUUGUAACAAUGAAAUAGUUGGAAUUUCGAAGAAAUUACGAAGAAAGACAAUCUAAAUUUGAUCUUCAAAAAUUAUCAUCUUGAUCCAAUCUUCAUAAUCAGAAAUUGCCAUCUUGACCAUCCUGAGCUGGUUUUCCUUUAAUCAGUGACCAAAACUAUUAGAGUUCUUUAUAAAAACUGUUGUUGCAUUGUUCAAAAUCUAUCAUGCUUGAAACCCUCAUUAACAUGCUUUUAGAGACAAAUAUGGUUUUAAACAGUCAUGUUGUUCUUUUAAUUUAAAAUAUAUUUUUUUCUAAUUAUUUUUUCUUGAUUAAGGAAAAAGUAAAAUGUAUGGAAUAAUAAAAAUAAUUAGAAUUA